ACCGUUGGUGGGUAACAGGAGCUGAAGAGCGCAGCAGAGUCAGAACUUCUGCAUCAGGACCAGAGGAAGAACCGGUUAAUGGACAUUUUUUAUUUCAGGAGUCAAAUGUUUGUCGCAGCACAUGUCUGUGGAAGGGCCACAUAACACGGAGCAGUUAGUCCAACGGCAACCAUGAGCCCCAUUUUGUGCCUUUUGCUCCUCUUUCUGCGGACCGCGGAGCUCCGUCAUGCCCACACAGCCCGGGAGUUUCAGUCCGCGCUGGAGGUGCAGCGGGCGGAGGAUGCUGGCACCCCGGCGGCGGGGACAAAGGGAAGGACGCCUCUGGAGCGGGUUCAAGAGAGUUCAGGAGUUCCCGACCUGAAGCGGGUCGCCCGGGGAGCCAAAGAUAGGAACUUAGGGAAGAAAGACCCGCACACACCGAGGCGGUACGAGGACCCGAGCGGUUACUUCACCACACCGCGGAUCGAUCCGCCCGCCGCGCCGGGUAACUCUUCGUCGGGCCACGGGCUCCUCAACCCGCUGUUCCCGGUCACCAACGGCUCCUACUGGGCGUACGCGGUCAUGCUGCUCGCGCUCGUGCUGUUCGCGGCGGGCAUCGUCGGGAACCUCGCGCUCAUGUGCAUCGUGUGGCACAACUUCUACCUGAAGAGCGCGUGGAACUGCAUCCUGGCGGGGCUCGCGUUCUGGGAUUUCCUCGUGCUGUUCUUCUGCCUUCCCGUGGUCGUCUUCCACGAGCUCACCCUGAAGAGGUUGCUAGGAGACCUGUCCUGUCGGCUCGUGCCCUACCUGGAGGUCACCUCUCUGGGCGUGGCCACAUUCAGCCUCUGUGCUCUAAGUAUUGAUCGUUUCCAUGCGGCCACCGGUCCCGGGCCCCUUCAGACGCCGAAGGUGGAGCCCUGCCAGUCCAUCCUAUCCAAGCUGUCCGUCAUCUGGGUGGGCUCGUUGGUGCUGGCCGCCCCUGAGCUGCUGCUGUGGCAGCUCCUCCAGGAAACUGUCAGUCUGCCGACGCUCCCCAGCGACCUGCAGCAGAGCCAGCCAGGAGGCUCGCUGAUGGCUGCCUUUAGGGCCCGAACAGACAAGUUUAAGGUGGAUGUCUGCGUCCGUGAGCCGUCCGCGGAGCUGCCAGACAGCAUCUACUCUCUGGUGCUGACCUACCACGAGGCCCGCAUGUGGUGGUUCUUCGGGUGCUACAUCUGUCUGCCUCUGCUCUUCACGCUGGCCUGCGACUUGGUGACGAGGCAAGUGUUAUCCCAGCGUGUGCCGCAGAAACCCGGCGGGGAAAAGGUGACCAGCCGAUGCUCCUCCUCGUCUUCGUCGUCCUCCGCGACAAAGAAAAAGCAGCACGUGAGAGAGCAGAGGCUGCGCUCCACGGUGAUGGCACUCACCAUCUUGUACAUCGCGUGCAACCUGCCGGAGAGCAUCUGUAACAUCACCCUGGCGUACGUUUCCGACCACGUGUCCGCUCAGCUCCCGGCUCUGGUUCUUCCAGCGCUGGGUCUGAUUGGACAGUUCCUGUUGUUCGUGCGUUGCUCGGCGACCCCGGUGUUGCUGCUGUUCCUGUGUCGCUCGCUGGGCCAGGCCUUCAUGGACUGCUGCUGCUGCUGCUGUGAAGAGUGCCUCCCCGACGGCAACUCCUCUUCGUCCUCAUCUGCUUCAACCACCGCCACCUCCAACCUCUCCUCGCCCACGUCGCCCUCUCCAUCCUCCCUGUCUCCUUCCAGCAAAGAGGAGACGAAGAGCAUGUUGGCAACAGAACCAGCAGUCUGCUACGACAGAGCGAAAGACUCUUCGACAGCCAUCGGGACGCCCUGCUGAGGCCCAGAACUCCAUUUAACCACAUCAUUUAGGUUUAUUACAACUCGGGUCUUCAUUUCGUUGUUUUAUCCAUCGUUUCCACCAGUUCUAAUAAUAUUGUACUCACCAAGUUAAUAGUGUAGAUCUGAGGGCACAUUGAUUUCAUUAAGAAGAACUCGGGUCAAGAAACACAAACAGUUUAUCCAGAUCACACUCUAUAUAUCUCAGUCUGUUUUUCCUGGUUCAGUUUUGGUAUCUUAAUCUUUAUGCUACAACAUACUCUGAUGUUUUAGUGCUUCCAACUUUGUGUUUGAUCCUGUUCCUCCAGUGUGAACAAACACUGAUGCUCUUGUGGCUGAAUGGGAGUGAACCCCUGCAGUCAGGGUCAACAUCUAAUGAAACCAGAAGAGUGGAGGCUGAUAUAGCAGCAGAUUAAUGCCCAUAGUUUGGGCACGUAAUGUCUGUAAACCACUUUAUCUGUCAGUGAAACUAAUUCUAAUGAAGGUAAAACUACAACUACGGUAAGUAUAGUAGGUUAAAGUUGAAACAGUAAGUAACUGUGAUGGAUGUUGACUGUUUCCAAACUGUUUGUGUUUCUUGAACUGUCAGACGUUAUUUUAUUUUUCCAGAUCUCUGCUAUUAACUAGAAUGAAAUAUCAGUAUGACUGAUAGAGAUGAUGGACAAACAACCAGAAUAAAACCCCCUUUAAUCUAAGUCUGUAUGAACUGAUGGUGUAGAACCACUGUAGGAGCACAAACUUGUUAGAUUAUAUUCAAUAUAGAAGAUGUUCUGUUUUUUUUUUUUAGAGUUUAGUGUUGUCCACUUGUGAUGGAUUUAAUCCUGUUUUUAUGAUACAUUUUAUAGUUAUUAAUACUUUUCUAAUGCGCAUCAGGAUAUUAGUACUAUCUGAUCUAAGUACUGUAUUAAAGACACUGGGUAGUUUGAGUUCGGGGGGAUUUUAAUGUGGAUAAACUGUAGACACACACUGAGACUUUAGUGAGCAGACUGACUGCUGUGAACUUUGUGAGCUGUUUUCUUUUUUAAAAAACAUGAUUUUGCUGUUUUGCUGCUCACGCACCUGAUUUACACUGCGUCUCCACAGCAGGUAAACAAUGGGAUAAGAUCAUAUUCGAGAUCAAUCAACAUUUUAUAACUACGUGAAACAAUUCAGUGUGAAGUUUGACUUUUUAUUUGUUUUGGUUUAGUAAAGUUUAGAUUUUCUGCAUCACCUGUAAGUAACUCCCUGUUUUUUUUAAAUGUCUUUUAUAAACUUUAUUAACUGAUAUAAUCAGUAGAGCUGCUGAUGAAUGCUCUAUCUGUGUUUACAGAGCUUUUUAUUCCACUAAUUAUUGGAAUAUUAAUAAGCUGAGUUACACUUUUUACAAUCUGUUCAGUUAAACUAUGAAAGUGCUUUUUUUUACUUAUCGUUUUAAAUAUGAAUUUAUGUGUUUUAGUGGAUUCGUUUCAGCAGCAGAAUCACUUACAAGUCUGGUGAUAUUCUAUGUUUUUCUUAUUGUCCAUAAAUCCCAAGUGCAGACCAAACCAACAAUGAAUGUAUCUACUAACAAAUAUUGUCUGUGUAUCCAAAGUUUUCUUCCUCUGUGCCACAGAGCUCCAUUGUUGUUUAAAACUAUUAAAAACACAUAAAUGAGUCUCACUUUUUGACUCAGUCCCACGUACAUUGUCCUGCUGCCGGAAACACUCACUAGAUUUAUAAUGUGGAUUAAUAAACUGCUGAAAAUAGUCCCUUUCCUUCUGAGUAAUAUAGUUUUUAAGUAUAGUGCCCAGCUGAGCCUUUUUUAGAUAUUAAAAAGAGAGAGGAGGGAAGUCAGAAAGUAUUGAGGGACGGACUAACACAGUGUUGGUUUUGGUCUGUAUGUGGGAUUUGUUGAUAACAAGAAAAUAUAAAAUAGCUUCAGUCAUAUCCUGUAAGUUCUUUUAACAAUUUACAAUGUCUGUGUCUGUGAGUGUGUGCGCCACCUGUUAAACUACAGCUUAAUGCAUGUUUUUACAUAUAUGUAUAAAAACAGUAACCAGGUGUGUGUGUGCAUUGUCAGCACGGUCUAAAAUGUAGUGAUAUUUUGUUGUAAAAUAUAAACAUUUUCUUAUAAAGUAUUUGAUUUAAAUCUGCAGACUUCCAGGUUCCAGUUCAGAGUUAAAUCCGGUGUUAAGAGUGCAAAGAAAGUCAGAGAGAAAAGACAGAAAAACAAUAGAGAAACACAAAGAAAUGGGGGAAGGAGAAAUGUUGUUGUUUUCCAAACAAAGAAGGAAAAAGAGUCCAAGAGACAGAGAGUGAAACAGAAGAGUUCCAGUUGUUCUUAAACCAUCUAAACUUUUAUGGAGGAUCCUUGUGGAUUUGGUUUUAUUUGGAAAAAGAGAGAUGUUCUGACUCUGAUCUCCACUGGAAGGAAUGCUACGCAGCAGCGAUCUCAACACCCACUGAAGGAGAAAAGCUGUUCAUGCCCGACUGUGACGUUCCUUUUUGUCAUUAUUCAAUUAUUGAAGGUCACAGCUUCACAAUAACAGUUGGCCUUUGAGUUUCUGCAGACAUAAUAAACAGUCGCUCUGUGACCAGUUGCUGGGGAGAGCAGACAAGAAUUUGUUGCCGACCCAAGUAUUUUUUUUUUUCUUUUUAACUGAUAUUGACCUAAAAAAUUAGCAAAAAAAGGUAUUUUACAUUGUAAUUUACAGCCAGAAACUCAUCUUGAAACCUAGAUUAUAAUAGAUUAUAGAUUUCUUUAUAAUAAUAAUAUUUCAAUCUCUUCUGGGCACAACAACCAUGUCAUUUAUUUUACUUUAUAUCUUAUUAUUAUUACCAGAAAUUGAUCGAGAUACGAUACACUAUCUUGUCUGUGCAAGAUAAUAUAUGGAUCAAGAUAUUCAUCAGGUAUAAGAUUAUUUUGUGUGUGUAGAAGUUAUGGAUCUUGUGCCCACUAUAACUUAACUCAAGAUAUUAAAAGAGAGUCAACAUUGUGGUUUUAACUGCUGCUAAAGUCUCAUCUUUACUUUUCUCUUUCUACAAGUGUUCAAUAAACGAGAUACAACAUGUAAAUCUUGUAUAUUGAUAAUUGUGGAAGGUGUAUAUUUUUUUUUCUUCUGAUAGUAUUUAACUAGCAGGCUAACUGCUACACAAUCCAUUUAACUUUAACAAAACCAAAACAUCAGAACUUCAUCUGAACCUAAUUGUUUAACUGUAAUUUAACAAACUCAAGUUUUGUCUUGCAGCUGCUCAAUACUGCAGCAGAAAACCUGCAAUGUGUAGAAGAACUUUCAGCGAUGAGUGAAUCAGAAGGAAGAGGUGAAGGUUUCAAUGAUCUCAAGAAUCUUUUGGUCUCUCAACAAUCGUUAGAUAACGGGCCGUCAGUUGUCAGCAGGUGACUUUUUUAUGAAUACAGGUAGACAGGAGACAACAACAGACAAACAUAUGACGUUAUCUUGUUCCCAUUUCACGAAUUGUGAAUAAUUUUGAUUUUCAGGAAUCAGUUCAGGAACAAAAAAAUGAAUAGACAGCGUUAAAAAGUACAAAUUCAACACAGUGAACACACCACCACCUGAAGGUACCUUGAAUCAGUCCUCCAAACCAGCACAAGUCAACUCCUCUAAUCCCGAGCCAAACCUGCCGGCUGUGGUCGGGCCAGAAGCGGCUCAUAUUUGGUCCUCUGGGACCAGGAAGGAGUCGAGUGUCCCGACCCAAGUCAGCAGGAACUCUGGGACAGGUAUUAUGUGAAUUUUUUAGGUUUAAGAUGCGUUUUUAUCUGCAUUUUCUGUUCUUAGACUAAUCCAAGACUAACUUAAAACAUCAGUCCAACAUAUUUUUAAGAAUCCAAGAGCGCCUGAAACUGAUCUCAUCUGACAAUGUGGGAGACAAAGAAAUGUUCCUUUAAAAAAAGAAGUUUUUCCUUUUUAGUUUGAUAUUGACUGUACAUUAAAUGUUUUACUUUUUACUCAAUAAACAUUUGAAGUUGA